AAGUUCACGAGGACCAUGGACGAUUGCAAACGAUAUCUGAAGCAAUUGUACGACAGUAACAAGAACCUUGGACUGAUCUGCAGCUCGUCGGAAUUCAGUAACGGAUCAUCGAUCAAGAACUUUUGGUCGGACACUCAGGUAACCAGACGGAAACUCGUGACGAGACCGUUGACAAUCCAUUCGACCCCGUUCCAGCAGCAGAGGUACGACAGACGAAGGAAUCUACUCGACUUGACCGAAGAAUUCCGCAAAGACAAGGAGAAUGAAUCGGGACAAGGGGAAUGUCCGGAGGACAAGAACUUGAGGAACACGGACCGAACCAAGGACGACUACUUGGAGUUGUUGAACGCGAUAUACCCGAUUCUGCGACUGGUCGACGAACGUUUGUUACCGUCCAAUAUGAAUAUCAAAUUUUAUUCCGACAUGUUCGCCAAGCGGUCGCCUUCGAGCUCUUUGACUCGUGCGUGGUACGAUCGGAAGAAGUACGUGGAAACGUCCCAGGAAGCUCUGUACCAGGUGAUCAAAAAAUUGGAAAGUUUGCAUAAUGUCGUACGUACGUACGAGUUGGAUAACGUCGGAGCAAGGGCGCCGGGAAGAGAGAUAGAACGGAGCAACAGAUUCAGUAGCGUUUGCCAAAACAAAUUUGUCUCGGUUACUGCGGAGAAUGAUGGUUGGAGUAAAAAUAGGAAAAAGGAGUCUAAGGAACGAUCGAGUUCGAUCAGCUCCGAGCAGUACGAGAGCGACGAUACAGGUAGAAGCUCGAUAGUGUCCGUUCAAAAUUAUACCAAUACAUUCAACACGUAUGCUUAUUGUUCGCUGAUCGGAAACACCGAGCCGAGGACGUUCUCGUCCUCGAAGGAUCACGGAUUGGGAAUGAUGAGGAACGAUCAGGCAAUAUAUUCCACCAACGUGAAAUACGGAAAGGUACCCGAAAGGGCGUACUAUACCAUCUCGUCGGACUCCUCGGCGGAAAAAAAUGUUACAAAGCGAAGAGUAUCGGGAAGCUUGGCGUCGUCACCGGUCGUAAACGUCGACGACGAUCGAACCGAGUCGUUCGGUGUCGCUGAACGAUAUCCGGUUCCGAUGGAGACCGACGAGGACGUGAUAGUAUCACCGACUUCGAGUCGCACGGAAAUGUCCAAGGACAGCGAAUUAGAGGACAAGCCAACCGCGGUGUUGCUCCAAGAAGCGUUGCAAUUUAAGAAAGCGUUAUUAACGCGCGUCGAGUUGGAGAAAAUAUGCUUCGUAGAGGACGAGAAAGGAGAGGCAACCGAUCGAACUACGCCGGAUCACGGCAAGUGUUUCUACGUCAACGACGAUCUGCGACCCCAUUUGGACAUAAUUUCGGAGGAGCAGUCGGUCAGCAGUUGGACGGAAAAGACCAGCAGGACUUGUAUGUUUUUCAAUUUGAAGCAGGACGAGCGGUUGAACGGCGAUACAUCGAAUUUCACUGGGCAGAACGAUAUCAGGGAUUCGAACGGGAACGCGCAUAAGAAACACUUGGACUCGGUGCACAAUUUCGACUCAGCCUCCGAGUACUUUAGUUUGAGCAAUAUAAUUCGAGAUGGAAAUGAAAUGGAUCGUGAUCGCUUCGAGGAGAAUACACCUCUGAUCAGUAGUUUACAAGUGAAAUAUUUGAACGAUGCUCCGAACGAGUCCGACGAGAAACUUGUCAAGAACGCGACGGAUAUGAACGAGCAAGAAAUAGGUUUCGAUUACACGCAGGAGAAAGAGAGUUUCCGAGAGCAUUUUACACGUAUGAACAGCCUAAACGAGUUCAUAAAUCGGAACGUCAACAGUGUGGAACUGUUUUCUCAAGAUUUGGACGAUGCACGUACAGAGGAGAACAUCGGGAAUUUGGAUCAGGACACGGGUUUCAACUUUUUCAGUUCCGAGUCGCUGAAACGAUACGCGAAUGUCACGUGUACCGCGAGUCUAUCGAACGGAAACGGUGACCAGGAACUGUCUCCUCACAGCCCGAAUUUGACUUUAAAAAGGAACCCCGGCGCGUGUUCGCUGAUUGAACAACCGUUGAUGCGCACAAACGAGAGACCGGGGAUGAUUCUGACCGAGGAUCCGACGUACGAAUUGUUAGCCUCCGACAGUAAAGGAACUUGGUUGGAAACGAGUUUGAUGCAGGAAUCGUUGACGUCCAGCAUAAAUCAAUCGAACGACUCUAACGUUCCGGAACCGUCGUCGGUGACGGCACUGAUCGACAAAUCGUUGGAAGAAGAGAAAUUAAAUAUAGACUGGUUGAACGACGACAAUGGCUUUAGCGACGACUGCGACGAUCAUCGGGACAUAAAGACCUACUCCGCGAAUACCAUCGUUCUUCAAAAGUGCGAUGCAAGGAACGUCGGCAGUUGUAAAGAGCGUGAUGCGCUUCGAAAUGGAAAAAGUAGUUCGGUCACGCGAGACUCAUUUACCGAGUUCAACAGGGGAGAAUUGAUCGACGAGGCGGACUUGUACAAAUCUUACUCGAACCUCGUGUCUGCGCACAGUAGCAUGUAUUUCACGGACGAAGGACCGGCUUCUACUACGAAAUUAAACGAUGCGCGUCCGAAAGCUCUUGAAGAGCGGUUGCGAUCGAAUUUGUACAAGGAGCAAAACACAUUGGAAAUUGGAGAUAUUGGAAAUCCCGAAGCUCUGUCUACUUGCACGUCGAAUGAAAAUAAAUAUAUCGACGAAUCUUGUGAGGAAUCGAAACGAUCACAGAAAAUUUCUACGGACAAGCUGGACAAACUACCGCCUGACGAACCGACAGUUUCCAAAGAAGAGACCAAGUCUCUCGUUGCUCGUAACCAUAUCGGCGACCAUGAUUUACUACCUGCGGACGUUGCAUCUGAUAGAAGGCCAUUCGUUUCACCGAGAAAUGAAGAAUUAAACAUGGAACGACACGUUGAUUUAUCAGAAAUGAAGGACGAGAGAACGAACUCGACCGUGAAAUCGUCGAGUCACGAAAGUUGCCCUUGGAAAUUGAAACGACCAAGUGGUCUACGAAACGUGAAGGGCUUAAAAUCCGAUUUGUUAAACACUGUUGAAGCUGAAUCGGAAGACAGUGCGAAUACGGUGCACACGAAGCUAAGAAAUUUGUCCGCGGAACCGAGACGACGUACUACCGACGAUAAUAUUAAAUUGGAUAGAAAAAGAUCCCGAUCUCAAGUGAAUUUUCGAAUCGACGAACCGUCGGAAGACGGGAAUUCGAAAUUACAGCGGUCGUCGCUCGCUGCGAAUCCGAACGCUGAGCCAAAAUUAACGGGCCAGUUGAAAUCUUUAUCACCCACCCCGAGAACAUGUUCGAAAUCUUGUAUACCGAUUCUGAAAAGCCGAUUGGAAGCAGCUCGAAAGGCUGAGAACGAAUCACGGCCAAAGAGUCCGCUUAGAGGACCAUUGACCAUGACCAUGUUCUACACGGACAGCGUAUGCGAGACAAAUCAGGAUGUGUCGGACGAAAUUCAGGUGGAGGGUAAUCCGGUUGACAAAAUGCGUAACGUACAAAGAACGAGCGAAAGCGGUAACCAUAAGCAAGAAUCGACGAGAGCGUCGCGCAUUGAACGAGAUACGAGUAAAACUAUGGACGGUGUCGCUCCUCAAGAGCAGAUGGUGAUAUACGUAAACAUAUUCACAAAAUAUGACCACAAUGCGACGAGAAUAAUAGAUCCGAAUAAGUUUUUGGAAUACAUGAAGAACAAAAAGUCAAGUACAGAAAAAUUGGACGGAAAUCAGAACGGUAAAAAGGACGUAGAAUUUCGAAAUGCUUUCGCGACGAGUGAGGAGAACGUGACGCAGAAAAUUGUUACCGUCGUUUCCUCCGUUAUAGAUGGCAAUGAAUUAGAUCAAACGACGACUAACGUGUCCGAAUCAAAAACCCAGAACAUCUCGUCGUCUAACGUUUUGUUAAAUGGUAAAUUAAAAAAUUUAUGUUUCCUGUCGGUCGAACAAAGGGAAAUCGACGUGACCGCUAAGCCUUCCGUCAUGGACACGAGUACGUCCAUAUCGGACUUAGAAAAUGUUUCGGGGACAGCGAGAAACAAAUUCCAAAUAUGCGGAACGCCUAAAGAGCUGAACAACGAGGAAUACAUAGCGUUACUCGAAAUUCUACAUCAGGAAUCGAACUCGGUGCACCUACAGGAGUUGCAAAACGUCUGUACCAAACUCUCCUCCGCUCGAACCAAAAUUUAACGGAUACAAAUAACGUCGUUUCUCUACGCUUGAUGAAAUUUGCGAUUGAUAAUCGUCUAUAAUAUAUUCUUUUAUAAUAUUGGACUUUUUAUUUUCUAGUACAGGACACGAUGCUCCGCGUAAUAUGCUAUGUAUAUAUUGUGUACUCGUACUUGCUUUGGAGGAAAUAUAUAUUUUUUACACGA